AUGGCCCUGAGUGACACCGACGUGCAGAAGCAGAUCAAGCACAUGAUGGCUUUUAUUGAACAAGAAGCCAACGAAAAGGCAGAGGAGAUCGACGCCAAGGCGGAGGAGGAGUUUAACAUUGAGAAAGGCCGCCUCGUGCAAACCCAGCGACUAAAGAUCAUGGAUUAUUAUGAGAAGAAGGAGAAGCAGAUAGAACAGCAGAAAAAAAUCCAGCUGUCCACCAUGAGAAAUCAGGCGCGGAUCACAGUCCUGAGAGCCCGAGACAACCUCAUCUUGGAACUGCUCAAGGAUGCGAAGAUGAGACUCAGUACAAUCGUGUUGGAUCCGGAUAUCUAUCAGGAGCUGCUGGACAAGCUCGUGCUCCAAGCUUUUCUCCGGCUCCUGGAGCCUGCGAUGAUCGUCCGCUGCAGGCCACAGGACCUCCACCUGGUGGAGGCUGCCGUGCAAAGAGCCCUUCCUCAGUACGUGAUCCUCUGCCAAAAGCGUUCAGACGUCCAGGUUGAUCACGAGGCAUACUUGUCUCCAAAUGCCGCUGGAGGGGUGGAGGUCUAUAGCAGCGAUCAGAAAAUAAAGGUUUCUAAUACCCUGGAAAGUCGGCUAACUCUUGCGGCCCUGGAAAAAAUGCCAGAGAUACGAAGGGCUUUGUUUGGACGUAAUGCCAAUAGAAAGUUCUUUACAUAA